AUGGACAAUAACUCGACCAGUCGAGUAAACCUGCAUUCGUCGCAAUUGGCGACAGAAAGCGGUAGCCACUCUGGGGGAGACGCCAAGGACCAUGGUGAGACAGCUGCCCAGCUUGCGGUGGAAGAGUCAGGGGGAGUCACAGUGAUGCGAACCGUCGACGUGCGUGAGGGUGCGGUGAUAUGUGUGGAACAAGAGGUGGUCGGGCUGGCAGAAAAGGCCAUCGCACUGAAAAUUGAGGGCGUAGGAACAUUGUCGACGUCGACCCUCAGCGUUAUGAAGAAGUGGCAUGCUGCCAUGUCGGCCAUUCAAGAUAUCAAGAAGGCGUUCAUGUUGAUUGAAGACACCGACUUUUCAAUAGUCGUCUCUUCUCACGUAAUGAUACCGAGGGCUAUUGGUGUCGAGGAGCGCUUAAAAAAUCUUCCCUUGUCGUCACUAAAGAUGGAAUACAUUGUAUUCUUCUGGAGAAGAGCUUUGACAUCGGGCAGGCAUUGUGGCUUCCAGGACGGAAAGCAUUGGAGCUGUUUUUAA